CUCAGAAACAAAACCAGUCGAGUCUUUCCCACCGACCGCAGCAUACAGCUCGUGGCCUGCGCUGAAUGAACUCAAAACUUAUCCGUUGUAAAUUGGACAGUGACGUAAAUCUUAGAUAGUAAGAGUGAUGAUAAAGUGAAAGGUUAUCAGUGAUUAUAAAGUUGUGGCACACGUUGUGUUGUUGGAUUUCGCGCCAAACUCUAGAGAAGACGCCACGACUUAAGGCCAGCCGCCGAGAUGGGAAUGGGCGGCACGAUGGACAGCUGCGGCCGAUGUAUGAAGUUCUCACUGAUAUGCAUCAACGUUGUUACCUUUAUCGGUGGGCUGCUGGCGCUGGCGCUGGGCUUGUGGGUGUGGGUGACGCGUUCUUUCUCCAGCACACUCAUGAGCAACAACAUGUUCAUCGCAUCCGUGGGCGUGGUGGUGGCCACGGGAGCGGCGGUCAUGCUGCUCGCGCUGCUGGGCUGCUGCGGCGCGGCUAAGGAGGUCAAGUGCAUGCUGCUCACGUACUACAUCCUCGUGUUCAUCAUUUUCGUGCUCAUGCUCGUUGGAGGUAUCCUGCAGUUCGUGUUUCGGGAAAAGGUGCUGACCACGCUGGACCGCGAGAUGUUUGCGUCCAUACCGUUCUACGGCGUGCGUCCGGAGUACACGCGCGCCUGGGAUGACACGCAGACCUACCUGCAGUGCUGCGGCGUGCACAACUACAAGGACUGGAACGGGAACGUGCCCGAGAGCUGCUGCAAGGAGGUCUACCCUGGGAAGCGCAUGGACUGCAAGUACUCCGGCAACCCGGCGACCAUGUACAUGGACGGUUGCCUGCCGCAGACGGUAGAGUUCCUGCGCGAGAACGCCGUGUACGUCGGCGUCAUCGCCAUCAUCGUGGCCUUCAUCAUGUUGCUGGGUUUGAUAUUGUCGUGCGGGCUCUUCGUGAAGAUAGAGUGAAAUAGUGCAAUUUAUAUAGCUCUAACAGAUGUCACAAUCUUGCCUGGCAUGCAAGAGCAGUGUAUACAGAGCGACAUUGGCGAUGGCGCCUACACAUACACACUUCGCCAUAUUUGAGCUAACAAUGGUACUUUCCUUUCGUAAAAUGUCGUUGGUUGGGUCUUUCAAAAAUGUUAUGAAUUCGUUUCAUACAAAAUUCGUUAGCAGAAUUAAUAUGCAUAGCUUAACCGACCAUUUCAAUGGCAUUAACUCAUCAUUGGAUUUAUUUCUAAUGACACAUUUUGUUUUUAAACUACCUUCUGUUUUUGGGGUUUUAGUUCUUAUCGUCUACCCUACAAUGACUAUAACCACAUAUUUUUCUGUUGUAAUACAUAUAUUAGGGCAAAUUAUGUAUGCGCCAUUACAAGUGUACGGAGUAUAGAUAUCAAUGUAAGACCAUGGUAUAAGAGCCACUGGUGCAACACCGUUUGCAAUUACAUACCUAACUUAUUCUUAUAUACUUUCAUAAAUAAUAUGACAAUGUAUGCACAUUAUCUUGAAUUUCUUCUAUAAUGACACGUUUCUCUUCACGUAUUGAGGCACAGAAUAACUAAUAGUACUUGAUUGAGGUUCCUCGGUACCUAUGACUAUUUUUUUACUUGAUUUUAUAAAAGUACUCUUCUAAAUCCAACUAUUAUGUACUUAUUUUGGUGUGAUGAAAUCUCAGUGACCUGUACAGUACAAUUUAUAUAGUUAUUUUAUGUACUUACUUGAAUAUAGAAACUUAUAUGUGUUAGUCAUAGUUUUAGCUGGUAGGUAUAUAAGCUGAUAUCAUAAAUAUCAUAAUAAGCACAUAAAGUUAAUAUUCGUAAUAUUUAUGUUACAACAUGCACCUCUACACGCGAAAGGAGUGAAAUUUACUUAUAUUAUGUAUUUAAUGAUUUGUCUGGCCUACUGUCUAGUAAACCAUCUAUUUGAAGUAGGUAUAGAGAUAAAUAACUUCCACUAUUUGUACUUUUUUAAAUUGUGCAAUAAACAUUGUAAAAAUUUGCA